GGUUACAAAAAGAAAGGAAAAAGAAAAAUUCAAAGCGUCGACAUUAAUUGUGAUGGUUAUUUGGAAGCUGGCGAGAGCCAAGCAAAGGGAGGAUCCAAUACAAGCCUCAUUUUUAUUUUUUCUUCUUCUUUUUUUUUUUGUUGAUCCAAUACAAGCCUUACGCACAGAACGUGCAAGUGUGAAGCACAUUCUUGAUUCAGCCUUUAAAUACUCACUUGCACUGCCUACCCUUCUUCACUCCACCCUCCAUGUUAAAUUCUAUCUCUCUCUCUCACACACAUUUAAAGAAAAAAAAUAAUUCCAUGGCUUCUAAGCAUGGACCAGACCAGCAGCAAACUGGUGUUGGUGAUCACCAAAGCAGCAGCCUAAGAUCAUCUCUGCAUAAUAAUUAUAAUAACGAUGAUGAAAAUAUUAAAAUAGUAGGGUCGGAGAUGAAAUUCCCGCUGCGACCACUGGAGGUGGAAAAUACUCAUAAAAAUUGUUACAGACGGAGAGCAGCGGUGGAAGAGGAGGAGGAAGGGGUGUGGUUGACAUGGGAGGAUUUGUGGGUGACGGUAUCCGAUGGAAAGAGGGGAAACAGAGCUAUACUUCAAGGCCUCACCGGCUACGCUCGCCCUCGCCACCUCUUGGCCAUCAUGGGUCCUUCUGGUUGUGGCAAGUCCACCCUUCUCGAUGUCUUGGCUGGGAGAUUAGGUUCGAGUGUAGGGAAGAUUGGAGAUGUGUUGAUCAAUGGUCGAAAACAGGCAUUGGCUUAUGGAACAUCGGCGUACGUGACUCAAGAUGACACUCUAAUUGCAACACUAACGGUAAGAGAAGCCCUGCACUACUCUGCACAGCUGCAGCUGCCAGACUCCAUCUCAAAAUCCGAGAAAAAGGAGAGAGCAGAAAUGACAAUCCGAGAAAUGGGACUGCAAGAUGCAGCAAACACAAGAAUAGGGGGGUGGGGAGCCAAAGGCCUCAGCGGCGGCCAAAAGCGGAGACUCAGCAUUUGCAUGGAGAUCCUGACCCGCCCAAAGCUUCUCUUCCUCGAUGAGCCAACCAGCGGCCUUGACAGCGCCGCCUCCUACUACGUCAUGAGCAGAAUCGCCGGCCACGACUGCCGGGACGGAAGGACCAUCGUAGCGUCCAUCCAUCAGCCUAGCAGUGAAGUCUUUGAGCUUUUUGAUGAUCUCUGCCUUCUGUCUUCUGGUAGAACUGUGUAUUUUGGACCUGCUCGUGCUGCGAAUGAGUUUUUCACAAGCAAUGGGCUGCCAUGCCCAACCCUCCAAAACCCAUCUGAUCACUACCUUCGAACAAUAAACAAGGAUUUUGAUGAGGACAUUGAAGGAGGCUUGAGCGGAAAAAGGCCUACGGAAGAAGUCAUUGACAUUCUGGUGAAGUCAUACAAAUCGUCUAAUAGUUACCAACAAGUUCAAAGGCAGGUUGCUGAGAUAUGUAAAGAUGGAAGUAAAGCAAUGGAGGAGAAGAGAAGUCAUGCCAACUUCCAUACCCAGUGCCUCAUUCUUACAAGAAGAUCAUUCGUGAACAUGUACCGUGAUCUAGGCUACUAUUGGUUGCGCUUUGCUAUUUAUGUGAUAGUUGCUAUAGGAUUGGGCACCAUCUUUUAUGACAUUGGCCAUACUUACAAGUCAAUUCAGGCUAGAUGUUCAAUGCUGAUGUUUGUGGCAUCAUUCCUUACAUUCAUGGCCAUUGGCGGAUUCCCUUCUUUUGUGGAGGAUAUGAAGAUAUUUGAACGAGAAAGAUUGAAUGGGCACUAUGGAAACAGUGCAUUUGUCAUUGGCAACACAGUCUCCUCCAUACCAUUUUUGAUAUUGAUUUCACUAAUUCCGGGAGCCAUCGCAUACUACCUUGCUGGGCUUCAGAAAGGAUGUGAACACUUUACGUACUUUGCUUUGGUUCUGUUCAUCUGCAUGAUGCUGGUUGAGAGCCUGAUGAUGAUUGUUGCAAGUGUUGUGCCAAAUUUCUUGAUGGGCAUAAUAACAGGUGCAGGGAUUCAAGGGCUGAUGAUCCUUUGUGGGGGCUUCUUCAGAUUGCCAGAUGAACUUCCUGAGGCCGUGUGGAAGUACCCUUUAUACUAUGUUGCUUUCCACAAGUAUGCAUACCAAGGGCUGUUCAAGAACGAGUUCGAAGGGCUGUCAUUUCCCAGUGCUGAUCAGGUAGGGGGGCCUCCCAGCUUGGAUGGCCAUCAGAUUUUAAGAGAUAUAUGGGAAGUGGAGAUGGGUUACUCUAAGUGGGUUGAUCUUGGCAUCAUGUUAGGAAUGGUAGUGUUGUACAGAGUUCUCUUUCUGGUUUUUAUCAUGACUGCUGAAAAGGUUAGGCCUCUCAGGAAGGCUUUUUGGUUGACACCUCCCAAGCAAACAAAACAGGUCAUGGUGAAUCCUGCAGCUACACCUUUGAAGGCAUGAAGAGAAACUUCAUAUGAAGUCCCUUGCAAAAAAACAGGCACAUGGACAACAUGAAGGAGCAGGUCCUGUGUAAUUUUCCCAUCAUAUCAGUUGUUUCAGCUAGUAUAACAAUUUUAUAAAUAAGUAAAUAUGAUGUGUUCUUGCUAGUUUAUGGUUUCUCUGUUUGGAAGUAUUAGAUAGUAGCUAGGAGCAAUAUAUGCCUCGUUGGUAAAUGAAACCGUUCAAAAUUUUUGGGAAUGUAAUUUCCAUGUCAUUCCUUUCUCCUGUCUGUAAUUCGUGAUGGUAAUCAUACGACACAUGGAAUUAAAUUAUUCACUUACAGAUA